AAGGCCCAAAUGGUUAACGGCCCCCACCCACGCAUGCACGCUUUCUCUCUCUGUGUCCAAAAAUCCCCAAAUUCCAAUUACAAUACACAACAAUUAAAAGAGCGAUUCUAGGGUUCAGUCCACCAACUCCGAAUCCCGAAACAAAACAAAACAAAACAAAGCGUUGGUCAAUUGUUUUCUUUCUGAUCACACGCCAAAACCUGCUCCAUGGCGGUGACUGCCCACAAUGAGGGCUAAAGUCUCGCGUCGCUACUCGUAUACGAACGUGUUGCUGAUGGCGGCGCCGAGGAACCUGGUCGUGGAGGUCGCGGGCUUGAGGGGCGAGGAGAAUGCGGAGGACUCGCCUACGACCAAGAAGCCGAUCGGCGCGAGGUUGGACGGCAAGAUGUCGCUCAGCCGGUGGGAAUUCACCGCGGCUUUGGGCGUCUUCCUGAUCUUCUCCACGGGGCUUUUCUGCAUAUAUUUGACAAUGCCAGCUGCCGAGUACGGUAAACUCAAGCUGCCUCGCACAAUUUCGGAUCUUCGAGCGCUCAAAGAUCACCUUGCAAGAUAUGCUGAAGCUUACCCCGCAAAGUUCAUUCUCGGUUACUGCUCAACUUACAUAUUCAUGCAAACAUUUAUGAUUCCAGGCACGAUUUUCAUGUCGUUACUGGCUGGAGCACUUUUUGGUGUUAUCAAAGGUCUUUUCUUGGUUGUCUUUAAUGCCACAGCUGGAGCAUCAUCCUGCUAUUUUCUGUCUAAGUUGAUUGGCAGGCCCAUAGUUAGCUGGUUGUGGCCUGAAAAGUUGAGAUUUUUCCAGGCAGAGAUAGCAAAGCGUAGGGAAAAGUUGCUGAAUUACAUGCUUUUUUUGAGGAUUACUCCAACUUUGCCUAACCUUUUCAUCAAUUUGGCAUCUCCAAUAGUGGAUAUACCAUUUCAUGUUUUCUUCCUGGCAACAGUAAUUGGUCUUGUUCCAGCCUCUUAUAUCACUGUGCGAGCUGGCCUUGCUCUUGGAGAUCUGAAGUCAGUCAAAGAUUUAUACGAUUUUAAAACGUUGUCUGUUCUUUUCCUUAUCGGAUCUGUGAUCAUAGUUCCUACCCUCUUAAAGAGGAAGCGAGUAUACGAAUAAGCUCUUGGUGAGUUCCUUUCAUCUUUCGAACCAAAAAAGGAUGACAGCUACCUUCACCGCUAAUGUUCAUUGUAUAUUGAGAGAAGUAAUUGAGAGGUGCAAAAACGUGGCACUUUGUUGAUACAAUGUAAUACCAGGCAAAAGGGGUUGUUCUUUACUUGUGAUACACAAGUUACUUACCCUGUUAAAAAGAACAAAGGAAGAGUAGUCCUUUAUUAUUUAUUUCUCUUGCACUCAACUCUCUGUAGGUGAUCUACAAUUGGGCCCAGAAAUCCUGAUGUUUGAAUUCAUGUACAAAAAAAUGUUGAUUGUAGCUCUGAUUAUCUUAGGCAUGUCAUUCGUUUAUGUCGGAAACAGACGGGUAAAUUAUAAUAUGGAACUCCAUAUGGCAAUUUAGUA